AGAGAUAAAUUCUGGUAGCCCGACAGGAAUUCACAAUAGCCCCGGGAUGUCGGGCCAGUGAUUUUGCGAGAGGAGAAUUAUCAAAUUAAUUGGACUUCUGUUUGCUUUAGUCUUCUCUUCCCAACACAGAUUUGUGUGGAUGAUACCUAUACUUAACAUGACCAGGAAGUGAACAGGUAGAGCCUAAGGAAUGAUAAUGUGGGUUUCCCCCUUUACAUUGGAAUGAAGUUUCUCACCUGCUCCUCUGGCUUAGGCUGUUAUUAGCCAAAACAAUUUUACUUUAACACAAAGAGAACAUGCACACACGUUCUUACUUUAAAGGUGCUCUAAGCGAAUCCGUGCGACUGUUGAUGUUUGAACUGUUUUCAAACAAACGGAACGUAGCUAACUCCUCCCCCUCCCCUUCCUUCUGUGGUUUCAUGAAAGUGCACAACCCCCACCUCCAAAUCCUUCUUAUCGUUUAUUGGCUGGAACACUUUGUUAUGUUUCGUGUUAUUAGGUUUGGCCACUGUGUUUUUAUUGCCGUUUGUGUAGCCUGGGCUGUCUACAGAGAUCGCGGUUUUUUACAUUUUGAUCAGUGGUCAGGCAGCAAGGAGAUAGUGAGGAGAUGUUUGCUGUAUGUAACAAAAAAUGUUUUAUGGUCUUAAACACGUGAAUUCGCUUAGAGCACCUUUAAUAGUUCUUUAUGAAUACACCAUACAGCUAAAAAAUGGUUUUGUGUCAUUGUGCACCUAUAGACGUUUCAGCAGUAACAACAUAAACAAACGGCUUUCGUGGAACAAACAUAACUUCCGGUACACUUCCACAAAGAAUCAAUAACAACAGAGUCCUUUUAGAGUAGUUUAUUUCUGAUAACAAGCAAAAUAAACAAAAAGUAGAUUACCUUAGUUUAAAUUAUAGCUAAAGCUUAUUACAAACUACACUGAGCUAACUUUACUGUGUAAAAUGAAUGUAUUGAUUGGCUGCCAAACCUCCCUUUACAUAGCGGUGAUCCAUGAUCGCCAUCUUGCCUUGUCUUCAGGAAACCAAAACAUUUGUUUUUUUUGACAAGGGUUUUCGUCCAGAUUUCAGUUUAGCGACUAGCCAGACCAUUAAACAAACAGAGACCGGGAGUUAAGUUCCGUUCAGAUGCGUAACGCGCGUGUGUCCGAUGAAACAUCUUUUUAAGAGUAUGUAGCAUUGAGCCUGUUAACCCUAAGUUGCAGAUAAAAGUAUUUAAAGUAGCCUUAUACUUUUUAAACUUAUUUUGAAGUUACCUUUUAAAAUGUAUGUUGCUUGUUUGGCUCCUGUUGUCAUUUCAGUUUUUCUUGAUUAGUUAGUCGAGUGCUUGUCAUCUGUUUGUGUCGCCACCUGCUGUUGACUCCUGAUGGUCCACUGUGGCUGCUUUUUCCUGACGUCAUGUGUGGCUGUAUGGUGUAGUAUGUGAAGCUUGAUUGUUGCAUAAGACCCACGCUGGUCCCUCCACCCACUGUCUGACCAAGCCUCUUUACAGCUGACAAAUGGCAAUGUCAGCAAAUCCCCCUGUUCUAAGCCCCAGACUUGCUCCUGUUUUUGUACAGGAAAGCAUAUGCAUCUUUUAAAAGAUAUAUUUGGCAUAUUGUGUUGUUUCGUGGGACCUAUCAUAUUCCUCCUUAGGGGCUGUUCGCACAAAAUUUCUGCAUUAAAAAACGGCUGAUGAAUUGAAUUAAAAAAGUACACUUGAAACUUGUCAUAAAAAUGCAGUGCUUAUGGCAUUAAAUGCUGUAAUAGUUUGUCUAGUGCAUGUUUUUGUGGUCGAUGGGCAAAAAUCCAUAAUACAAAUUACUAAAACAUUUUGCUUCACAAUACUGUAUGGAUAUACUCAUGCCAAGAAUCAUUGCUUUAUUACAUUUUUUCACAUGAAUGUUUCUGACCACCAUUCUGUGACCAAGUCUGUGAGAAAGGAAAACAAACUGUGCCGUUGUCAGUGAGCAGUCAAUUAUUUCUGUUCAUCCAAAACCAAACGGAGAACAAGCUAAGAAUAUAAGUGCGAACUACCGAUGUCCACCCCAGUGUUGACAUACACCAGCUAGUUAAAAAUAGAUCAUUUGGACACGGGGAACGUGACCUGGCUUAUGUGUACAAACCCUUCAUCAACGUGACAGAAGGCUGUGAUGGACUUAACACACUUAAUGUGUUCAGAAGAUUGAUUUUAGAUUGGCACAUCCGAUACACAGCAGUACUUUUCUUUCUUUCAGUAUAAGGAGAAAACUGCUUAAAGUUUUAAAAACUUUUAAUUGUAUCUUUUAGAGGAAAACAAAUCUAGUCAUUAUAACAAGGACGUCUUCUAUCUUUAGAAGGAAGUCUGAGUGUUUCCAAGCCAGUGCUGUAGCAUUAGACAGAAUUCCUAGUUAGGUAUCGCCUCCGAGAAAGUGAAAGUGCUGCCACGCUGUGUUUGAAGUGGUCAAUAUAAAUUUAAAACAGUGGGACAAAAGAGAACUAGUUUGUCACACAGAGUACAUUUCCAUUCCCUGUUCUCCAGCUGAACCGUGCUGCUGGAAUUUAGCACUUACACAUUUAAUGUUCAACAUGCUAUUAUUAGUCACAUACAAAACCAACAGCUUUUUAAGUCAUUUGACCAGAAGCUGUCUAUUUUAUUUAUAUGUUUGCGGUUUUCCUGAAAGAGUCAUUUGUAGACAAAGGAAUAAUUAAUCAAUAAGACUUUGAUUACAUCAUUGCAUAGUUGGCUGGGAAAAAAGCUGGCAUUGAGUUCGAUUAUAAUAGGAGUCUGUUCUCUUCGGAUGUUAAUGUAUUGUGUAUGGGAGGCACUGGGACCAUUUGUAAACAAUGCCCUGCUUGAUGCCAAGAGCUGGUAUGCUUUCGUAAGCGUUCGUUUCUCUUUUUCUCUCUCUACUACUGGAGCCAUCCCUUGUUCUAUCCCAGCAUGCAUUGCCUUCCGCCUAUCUUCUGUAUAUUUGUCUCUCCCUCCCUGUCUCUCUUUUCCACCAUUAAAGCACGGGCACACUCAGCAGAGACAUUUAGCCUUUGGCCACCUGCCCGCCUCCAUGUGAGCCUCAUUUGGUGUGUUUAUCCUGUUUCGCAUGUGGCCAUUAAAGUGUUGUUUUCCUCCAUACUCGGGAACCGCACCUCUGGUAUGCAGAGCUACAACUGCACACACCCACUCCGCUUCUAAUAUUAAAACAAAAGCGUAUACUUGCAAAAUCAGGAGGUGUGUGCAUGUUUCCUUACAGUGCAGCCCAUGCUCGAAGUUGCUUUUGUGCAUCUAUUCAGCGAGCCCUAUUGUGGGCAGCAGUGCUAAUUGCAGCCUGAAUGGUCGCCGCUAAAUGUUUUGUGACAUUUUGAAAGCAUGAAAGACGAAAGGGGCACACGAGAGAAGGAAUCCCCCCUUUUUGUUUUGUUUUUUUCUCCCUUCUAAUGGCGCAACGAAACACUCUCAGCUUUACCCUUCAGCUCCCAUGCAGCCCAUUUCCCCUCCCUCACAAGAGACGGAGAGAGUCUCCUCUCUCUGAAUCAGGAAUAGAGGUGGAUAUAAAUAAAGCCCUGCUGAGGGAACAGAGAUCGGAUCCUGCCGUAGCCGUGUGGGACGAAUGGGGCGGCCGCUAUGGGUUCUGAGCUGCAGUUCUUUGGCAGCGUUUCAAAUAUGAGUCUCAAAAGCCUCGCAAGCAGCAGACAUAUUGUAACAGGGAUGGCCAGCGCUCUGCAUGCAGACUAGCGCUUCUCUCAGGAUGGUCGGGCGACAUCUCUCCUCAGAGCUGCCCCAACAGAGUGGCCUGGCAGCCCAGUAUGAGAAUAUACCCUCCAAACGCAGUGCCACUACAGCCUCUUCCAACAGCUGCAGCGGCUGGGAUCCACUGAUUAUUGACGAGAGCGAUACUGAGGCGUGGCCUUCCAUUUCAUGCAAAGAAAGCCACGGCCCUGCAGGAUGCCAAUUGGACACUGAAAGUGUCAGCGAUAUUAGCAGCACAAGCAGCAUGAGCAUGGCCACAGGAUCUGGCCAGCAAGGCCAUUUCUCCACCAAUCACCCCAGCAAAGCCAAUGUCAGCCACUCAGGAGGUCUGCUCUCCAGUCAGGGUGGGGUCAGCAGAGGCUGGGGCUCUGGCCCAUCUCCUGCCAGUGGAGGAGAAGGGAAGAAUGAAGUGUCCAGCACAUCAGUGGGAGUCAGGGGUUGGGGCUCCUCCAACUUUAACUUGAACUUAAAUCCCAAUGCCAACCCCUCUGCCUGGCCAGUUCUGGGACAUGAAGGGACCGGCAUGGGUGGUGGCAGCUCUGGAGGAAACAACCCUCCUCCUUCUAAUCUCUGUAGCCCACCGGGCAGUUUGCCCAGUCAGGGCUCUAGCAGCAGUGGCAGCAUAAGUGGUGCCAAUGGAAAUUCUGCAGGUAAUGGUGGUAGUGGCAAUUGCAGCACCACAUGGGGUAGCAUUAUGCCCAGUGACUCCUCAGAGCCACACUCCAGCCCAUCCACGAAUGUGUCUUUCAGCUCCGAACCUCAGAACCUUAACACUGAUGGACCAAAUCACACUAAGCAGGAGCCCAGAAGCCCUGGCCACUGCCUGCCUAACUGGGGGGUUGGCUCUGCAGGCAUGGGCUCAUUUGUUCAAACUCCAGGAGGAGCCUCACAGGUCAAUGGUGAGGAAGAACCUGUUUGGGGUAAUGGAGAUGCCAAGUCUGUUAGUGGCUCAAAAGACUCUGGUUGGGACUCAGGGAGCAGCUGGGGACAGGGAGUGGCCUCAGGAACUGCUAGCUGGGGACAAGCUUCCUCAACUGGAGACUGGGGUAAGCACUCCAACAGUGAGGCCAAAGGAUGGGAUUCUUCUAGCUCUCCCACCCAAGAGCAGCAACUUAAUUCUUGGGUUCGUGGGCCCAAUGCCCCAGCUAGUGAGGGAAGCAGUGAUAGCAUGGAAUGCUGUCCUCGCAGAAAGGACCGCUCAUCAAGAGAUGAUGCUUCCCCUAUUCUGCCUACCCCGGAUAUGGACCCCAGAGUUCUGUGCAACACAGGCUGGGGACAAACACCUGUACGCCAACACACUGCUUGGGAGACAGAAGAAGCUGCACGCUCCAACCGCAAGAAUGACAUUGGAACUGAUGCCUGGGGUUCAACCUCAAAUGCAGCCAAUGCAGGACCAAUACCAACUUCUGGCAAUGCCAAUAUAAACUCUGCCAAUGCGUCCAGACCUGACUCUGGGAGCAAGAAUGAGGGCCCCUGCCCUAGUACUGGAGCUGCACCAGGCUGGGGUACAGCCAUGCAAUCACCCCAGGCUGGUUCUGGUUGGACGGAUCCAGCCCACAACAAGAAACCCUCCAGUGGUCCUGGAAACUGGGGCAGUACCCCAUCUGGUGGUCCGGGUGGCAACCUGCAGAAAAGUGGUCAGACUUGGGGUUCUGAGGAAAAAUCUCCUACCUGGGAGGAGAGUCAUGCUAAAAUCAAACCACAGGGUUGGACUGAGGGUCACAAAUCAUCUCAAGGAUGGGGCAAUGGGCCUGUUGGAGAAAGUGGAUCUGGAGGAGAAUGGGGUGAACCUGCAGAUGGGAAGAAAAAUGGCCCAUCCAACUCCUCCUGGGAUGGAGAAGGAUCAGGCUGGAAUGAGGGCUCCAGAUGGGGAAAACCUGCCCCAGCAGUAGGAGGAAACUGGGGAGAUGCACAGCGCCCCAAUGUGCCGCCACAAGGAUGGAAUAACAAGCCUCAGGAGGGCAACAAUGGCAAUAGUGGCAGUGGAAGCAUGGGUUCUUGGGGAGGUCCAAGCUCUAUUAAACAAAGUGGCCCUGGAUGGGGUGGAGGAAAUAAUGGAAAUGUUAAGCCCGAUCACACUGGAGAGCCCACUGGAUGGGAGGAGCCAUCUCCACCCUCUAUCCGUCGCAAGAUGGAGAUCGAUGACGGUACCUCAGCUUGGGGUGACCCAAGUACACAUAACAAGACAGUCAAUCUCUGGGACAGAAAUAACCCUGGCAUGCAAGGCAAAUCAGGCCCUGCCAAUGCUAACAAUGUACCCAACAACCAUCAUCAUCAUUCCCAUCAUAACCAGCCUCCCAUGCAGACCCACGCUCAUGGAGGGCCAAACUCUAAUAAUAACCACAUUUCCCCUGAUAACGUAGCCCCACAUCAAACAGGGCCACCACACAACAGAACUGGGCUAAUGAAUCCAGGAUGGGGGGAGAUGACAAAUGUCCAUUCAAAACCUGAACCCUCAUGGGGAGAGCCAGCCGCCCCUGCAGUAAGUGUGGACAAUGGCACUUCGGCAUGGGGUAAACCUCCAGGUGGCUGUGGAGGCUGGAGUGAUAAUGGGCCUGAAGUCUAUGGUAGAGGUAACGGACCUCCUGGACCUGCCCCCUGCAAACCUGCCCCCAAAUCUAUGCAAGAUGGUUGGGGAGGUGGUGAGGACAUGGGUCUGUCUGCGGGGCAUUGGGAGCAAGAAGAGGGAGAUAUGUGGAACAGCACUGCAUCUCAGGAGAGCAACUCAUCCUGCAACUCCUGGGGCAACCCACCCAAGAAGGGCCCACCAAAGGUUAAAGUCCCAAACAAACAGGAUGAUACCUGGAUCAUGAAUCGUCUGAUCAAGCAGCUAACUGACAUGGGCUUUCCUAGAGACCCUGCGGAGGAGGCUCUUAAGAGCAACAACAUGAACUUGGAUCAGGCUAUGAGCGCCCUGUUGGAGAAGAAGUCCGAACUAGAUAAACGGGGGAUGGGAAUCUCUGACUACAACAACGGCCUAGUCAAUAAACCAAUGGGCUGCAGGCCUUCUGUCAUCUCCAAAGAAUCCUCUUCAGAUCGUCCUCCUUUCAUGGACAAGGAUGCUGGGCUAGUAGAUGAUGCCCAAACCUCACCGUUUAUGCCUUCUCCGAGCCUGAAGCUCCCAUUGGGUAGUGCUGCACUCCCUGGCCAAAGCCUUGGAGUUGCCAUGCAAAACUUGAACAACAGACAGAUGCAGAGUGGAGUGUUUGGUAGCAGUGGAGCAGCACAAGCCCGGGCCCUGCAGCCGCAGCAGCCUCCUCCCCAGCCGACAGUGCCGCCUCUCAACUCCUCCCAGCCUAGUCUACGCGCUCAAGUGCCUCAGUUUCUCACCCCUCAGGUUCAAGCACAGCUUUUACAGUUUGCAGCAAAAAACAUUGGUCUCAACCCUGCACUUUUAACCUCACCAAUAAACCCUCAGCAUAUGACCCUGUUGAACCAACUUUAUCAGCUGCAACUGGCGUACCAGCGUUUACAAAUUCAGCAGCAGAUGUUGCAGGCACAGCGCAGUGUUUCUGGCCCCAUCCGACAGCAAGAGCAGCAAGUUGCACGUACAAUCAAUAACAUGCAGCAACAGAUUCAGCAGCAUCAGCGGCAGCUGGCUCAGGCUCUGCUGAUGAAACAGCAGCAGCAACAGCAGCCGCCCCCCUCUCACCCGGGCCUGCAUCCCAGCGCAGGCAAAUCAGCUUUGGACACGUUUCCCGUCCAUCCCCAAGCCUCCAGUCUCUCCGUUUCUGACCUUCAGACCAAAGAGCCGCAGUCUUCUCCGAACUCCUUCUCCCCCUACCCUAUGUCUGGAUUGAACCAUAACAUGAAUGUAAACUGCAUGGACAUGGGUGGCCUGUCUAUUAAGGACCCUCCUCAGCCUCAGUCACGCCUAUCACAGUGGACACACCCUAACCCCAUGGAAAAUCUCUCUGGCAACUCCUCUCCAAUGGAGCCUAACUUCAACAAGCACGGUGCUUUCUCUGUAGGCCCCAGUCUUGGUCCCCCAAGUAAGCCUCAGCUGGAUGACUCCUACAGUCCCUAUCUGAUUCCCAGCUCCGAGUCUCCCGCCAGUCCUCUGGCACAUCAUGAUAGCUGGGGCCAGGGCAAGAACACCAAUGACAAGAUCUCAAAUGGGACCAAUGUCAACUGGCCUCCAGAGUUCUGUCCUGGAGUUCCCUGGAAAGGACUGCAAAAUAUCGACCCUGAGACCGACCCCAAUGUGACCCCAGGGAGUGUCCCCAGUGGACCUACCAUCAAUACCAACAUUCAGGAUGUUAACCGCUAUCUGCUCAGAGACCGAAGUGGAGGUUCCACCCCAACUUCCACACAGAGCGAGGCUCCGCCUCCCUCCAGCGAUUGGCCAGUCAAUAGCUCUUUCGGUCUGUCCUCCACCGAGGCAGACAACACAGGCAAACUCUCUGACAUGAAGUCCACUUGGUCACCGGGGCCCAUCUCACACACCCAGGCUUCUCUAUCUCACGAGCUUUGGAAAGUCCCUCAAGGACCCCGAAACACGACGGCUCCCACGCGGCCACCCCCGGGCCUGACCAACACCAAGCCCUCGUCCACGUGGGGCGGAAACACCCUGGGCCUGGUGGCCGGAUGGAGCGGCUCUUACUCCUCAGGAACCACAUGGAGUACAGACAGCUCCAACAGAAGCACUAGCUGGUUGGUCCUGAGAAACCUCACCCCACAGAUUGAUGGUUCAACGCUGCGGACACUGUGCAUGCAACAUGGCCCACUUAUCACAUUCCAUCUCAACCUGACACAGGGCAAUGCAGUUGUGCGCUACAGUUCAAAAGAGGAAGCUGCCAAAGCUCAGAAGUCCCUACACAUGUGUGUUCUGGGAAACACCACUAUCUUGGCGGAGUUUGCUGGAGAAGAGGAGGUGAACCGCUUCUUUGCACAGGGUCAGUCCCUUACGCCCACCACAAGCUGGCAGGCCAACACCGGCACCAAUCAAACGCGGCUGGGUGGCGGAGGGACGGCGGCCACGCACCCUAUUGGCCACUGGAACAGCAGCGGCCUGGGCGGAGGAGCGGGCGGCACAGGGUCCGGCGGCAAGGCGAGCAAUGAGCUGCUGUGGGGGGGCGUACAGCAUUACUCCAGCCUCUGGGGGCCGCCCAGCGCCGAAGACGGUAGGGUUGUCGGCAGCCCCACCCCAAUCAACACGCUGCUUCCUGGAGACCUGCUGAGCGGAGAGUCCAUGUGAGAGUGCCAAGCACUUCGAAGAAGCGAAACCCCUCCCCCCUGAAACUUUCACGAGCAAAAACCAAGCAAAUCAUUUGGCGAUAAUCAACGUCAGUGGAACUGUGAACCAAGAGACACUCGCGUAAAGGCUGCUGACCUUCUUCCGCUUCGAUUUUUUUGUGUUGCGUCGUUUUAUCACGGUGUUAUUUUGAUCACGAGGCUUGGGUUGCAGUAUUCUAUAGACUUCUUAAGAAGAACGGUGACUAAAAGAAAGAGAAGUGAACCUUUACUAAGACUUUUCUCUAAUGACUGAUACCAGUGUGAAAGUGUGUUUUACUACAGCUGAUGAGACAAGCUGCCAUAUUUUUCAAUUCCAGUGGCACGAGCACAUCCCAUCAGCCUAAUCACAGCAUAUCACCACUCCCCCUCCCCCCCUCCACGAAGAAACGUGCAUCAUUCCAAACAACUCCCUUUUUCUUGGACUGGAUCCAUGGCUUUUUCAGUGAUCGUUUGGAUUGUACGGAUUAUUUGACAGCACUAAACUUUAGCCUUAACUGCUGUUCGGUCCCCACUCCACUCGCACCCGAGACUUACUGAAGAAAUUCAUCGGAGAAUUGCACAUUUUCUCAUUUUCUGAGCCAGCCGAGCGAAAACAGACCGUCAUGCGAACGAUCUCAAACAGCAAAGAUGUAUUUGUCCUUCCUGUUUCCCUCAGUUGCCUUCCUGUCCUCAUUACCCUUUCAAGGACAGACAGGUACAGUAUGUGGCCCCACUGCACAUCCGAGGCAUAAAGAUCUUCUUACGCUGAGAAAGGACAGUUGAGGGCAUGUGCGCGUGUGCUAAAUAUGUAAACCACUGCUCAUAAAAACCGUACAGGAAAUCCUUUUCCAGUGCGCCAUGUGGAAUCGAUGGACUACUUUCUUGAAUUUUCCUAAAUGACCUCUUCAAGAACAUAAGCCCUCAUUGUUGUUUGUCUGACGUGCAAUAUAUGCCACAGACUCUUCCGUCCAGCUCUACACAGUCAACUGUUGCUGAUGAAACGGUAGGAGCUUGUUUUGGGGAAUUAAAGACUCGCGUCCUCUUGCGUGGGACUCGACAGAAGAGAAGCUUCUGGGUGCGUAAGCCCAUGGGGAUAAAACAUUCACAAGCACUUCCUCUACACACUCAAGGACAGUGUGACUACAGGGGCACAGGGGAUUCAAACCAAAUAAGAGGUGUUUCUUGUAACCCAGUAGACAAAGUGCAUUUUUUGUUGUUGUUGUUGUAUUUGGUACAAAAGUAUGGAACAAAGACACGGGGUGGUUUAUUCAUAGCACUUAGCAAGAGCUUCAAGCUCCGAUUUCAAUGCCAACAAAAUUACACAUGGAUGUGUGAAAACUGACAAAAAAAAGAGCAACGAUGAAAAGCAAUCUACAGAACUUCUCCAGGCUCCUUUUUGAACUCUAAAUGGAUUUUGACAUUUAUUUUCUUGUCUUUCCAAUGGACUCGGACGUUUAAAAAAAAAUGGUAGCAAAUCGAAGGGAUGUCUGAUGAGGAAAAAAACACCAAGACUGAAGCGUUCAUGUUUUUUUCUUCGAGAUGAUAUAUAGAUCUAUAUAUCAAAGUAAAUAUCACUGUUACAGUACUCCAAAAUCAUUAGCCUUCUCGUCUGGAGCUUGACGUGUUGUAAUGUUUCUAAUGGAUUCUGUGGGGCCGCCUGCCCUGGUGGCCCCGCCUACCUGUAUGAUAAGUGUGGCCAUUGAGUGCCUAUCUGCUGUGGCGCCUCCGGUGCCCACGCUCUGACUUUGAUCCGCUGUGCCAGGCCGGCGCACCAGAUGCCAGAACGGACCUGCCGCUCGGCCGGAGCAGCGGCUCCUUUAGACCUGGCCAAUCAGUACGUACUACUGCGCCAGCACACGACCUCGUCUCGACUUCACUCUCAUAAACUCUCCCUCUCAUGCAAAGAUCACUUUAGCUGGAAGUGGACAGGUUCGUUUUAUGUACCAUGUUACGGUUAUCGAGGUUUUUCCCUCCUGGAAUUGCCAGUGUUGUUAUUUUAAUUUCGUCAACAUUGCUGUUGUUAAUGUUGUUGUUUGCUGUCGUUGUUGAUGUUAUUGUUAUUUUGCGCUUUUUUCGUUCGUUUGUUCGUGUGUGUCAAUGCAGUGGUCUCUACGGUAGCUGCUCUCACCAGCCCCUUUUGCUGCGCGUAUGCAGAAACACUCUGAAUAAGAGGCAAACCUCAGUGUAAACGGCGACGGCUAAUGUCGCCGAUGGCAAUUGAUAGCGAAUCACUCGGAAGCAUUACGAUGGGUAUAGACUGAACAAAGUGGCAUAAUGAAGUGUAGAUUCUAGCUGGAACGGUGCUCAGUUUGACUUCUACUUCUCCAUCGUAGCCCAUCUCUUUGCACUUUCCUUCUCUGUUUCAGCCCUGCUAGGCCGCGUUCACACUGGUGCUUAUGACAAAGGGCAGGCAGAGUACACUACUUUACCUGGUCGCCUCCUCUGACAGUAAUAAAAGCAAACGAUAACGGAGACUCGGCUCUCUACUUCUAUGCAAAGACCGACCGAGAAGUGCAGUUUCAAAGCCUCCAGCUCCAAACUGUAGUUCUCUCCAAGCCCACUCUUCAACUUCAGCAGUUCAUUCUGAGCAGGCAGCUUCCUCGCAGUGUGGCCUGCAGUAAGAAACCAGCCCACUUGUUAAAUCAGGCCCUCACUGUUUACUCUCUGAAUGAUCUCGUACAUAUUACAUACAUAUAUAUGCAGUCUCAGGGCAACCUCAGAGAACCCCAAAGUGAUUUCUCUUUAAAAGGGGGCGGAGUUGUGUAAGCAUUCAUUGGGCUUCAGUGACGCUCCGAAUCCUUGAAAUCGAAGUGGAUGAGUUGACUUGGAGAAGGAAAAAGUCCCUACUGUAACAUUAAGCUAGUCUAGAUAUAAGUCGACUUGAAUUAUUGCAUUAAUCAGAUAUCUUAUCAGACUGGGGCUCUUUAAACCGUUUUGGAUGUAGACUUUAUCAAUAGUUGUUUUUAUAAAGAGCACAUGGAGAUGGAGAGGUAGAACUCAAGUUGGCACCAAGUCAGACGGGUAGCACCUUGUCCCAGGUAUUAAGUGUUCAACUGGGAGGACUGCUGAGAAUAAACAGGGAAUCCAGAAUGUUUAGGUGCACUGUAGAUGGUUCACAUUGGGUACAUCUUUCUUUAAACCAAAAAAAAACAAAACAAAGGUUUUUGUCUCAUUAUUAAAUAUAAGAGGUAACUUUAAUUCUGUAGUACACUCUUGACUGAAGUGCUUCUCUUUGCAAGCCUUUUACGCCCAAAUGGGGCAAACAGAUGACUCUGGGGUUGCUGUAUUGAUGGUAUUAAAUUCUGUCCUGUUUUCCGAAAUACUAAGGGAACGGUGCAGAGUUAUUAUUAUUAUUAUUAUUAUUUUGUUUCAUUUUUACAGGUCCGGGUCCAUACGGACCUUUUGUAUCACACGGCCUGUGGCACAUGCCAGUUGAUACCAAGUCUUAAAAGAGGAAAAUCCCUUUCUGGAAGAUAUUUCAUUUUCCUUUUUUACUCGAGUGACACUAGCAACAAUCACUAUUGCCUGUUUUUGAAGAUAUAUGAAUAUAUAUAUUUUUAACUGCCUUUCUCUAAGCUGUUCUCGAGACCACAGAUUGAAAAAAGAACGUCCAAAACAUGUUAAAAUGACUGGCGGGUUAGCCUGCGAGCCAACAAGUGCCCAGUCCUCCACUGUGGGCAUGCUGGGUCUUUGUAUGUAGGACUGAUGAUGAUGAUGAUGUACCCCAACUCUAUGAGAGAGAGGCUCAAAUGCAAGUUGUGUAGAUAACAAGGCUGCUUCAAACAUACAAAAUAACAGGGCCUGGUGAGCUCUAAAGGAGAUAAAUCCUCUUUCUUAGGGCCCUGGCUUGAAUAUGCACAUGCUGGUUGAUAUACAUGUACAUCUGAAAUCCUGUGUAUGUAUAUAACUGGUUAUCUUUCUCCAUUUACCUUUCGUUUGUUUUUCAAGUGACCCAUAACCACCAUUUCUUUCUCUCCAUGAAUUACCUAGAUGAUAAAAAGCAUAAACAUAUCAAAAUUAUACAAAUGAAAAAAUACAAAUACUUGAAUCAAAGAAGCGCCAAUAAUGUAAUGUGAAAAUUUUUUGUAAUAAUUUUGUCAUUCAUACACUUCCAAGCUUUUUGAUAACAUCGGUUCAAACUGAACGAAAAAAAAAAUAUUAGAAAAAAACACAAAAUGAAAAAAAACUUAAGAUAAAAAAACGCAAAAUGACAUCGUUUGUAUGUGUGUGUUUGCACAAGAUUGCGUGUACUGUAUGACAAAUGAAUGGAUCUCAGUAUAGAUUGCUUGUAUGAGUGCCGAAGGGUUCAAACCAAUGUAUGCUUGUGAUUUUACAGUGGAAUUGUUUGCGCCUUUGUUUUAUUUUUUUGAAGCAUUUUAGAGGUUUUUGUCUCUCUUUUGUUGGCUAGUCAAAACUAUAUUCGGACGUGUAUUGUUAUUGUAUUUGUUCUUAGCUUUGUUAUUAGAGUUGCACUGAGUGUCCGCUUCCCCUCAUUCAGCUAAUCGUACAACAUGAUAUUAAAGUACUAAGGGGACAAGGUGACAAUUCAUGUGUUAAUGUUUACUCAAGGACUUAUUGAGAAAAAUAACAAGUGUGUUUUUUUUAAUCUGUAAUACGAUUAUCUACCUUAUAGUGGCUUUUAUUGUGGAAUAAUCCAUGAUAAAGAAAUGGAUUAUUAUGAGUAUUGCACCAUUUUUGUUUUAAAGAUUAUAAACAGAAAAAAAUGCAAAAUACUAACAAAAAAAAAAUGAUAUAAAUAUAAACAGUGGGAAAAAUCUUUUUUUUUUCUUCGAAGAACUGUGGCCAUAGUUUGAUGUAGAGGGACUUGUAACUCUCCAUGUUGCACCAUGGAGAGCUGGAUAGACAUCUGAACAAGAGUUUAUUACAAGACUCAUUUCAGAGGUGCCUACCUUUAUGGUUUGCUUUGUUUUAUUUCAGUUCUACUUUUGUCUUCUUUGUGCAAGGCCACCAACAGUUUACAAGCAUUUCAUGUUUUUCUGAAGUUCAAGGAAGAGAAAAUCACAUUGAGAAUCCUAAAGGACAUACUUCCAUCAGAUAAAUAACAAAAACACUUUACGAAAUGAAGAUUAUUGUGCUACUUGCUGAACUCUGGGAUUGAUCAGUGUUGUCGUAUUUUUUUUUUUUACUUAUGUUGGCAAUGUUACUUCGUAGAUGAUUAAAGCCUGUACUUUCUUGUUUUUAAAGCUACAAAAAAAAACAUUUCCUUUGUUGAUAAAGAAAAGAGAUAAUUGUUCACUAUCUUGCACACACAAAAAGUGGAUCAUGUCUCAGGAAGGCAAGGGUUCCAGAGUACCAACUCCACGCCAUUUAAUGUUUGUUUUUAGAGAAAGAGGAUUACAGAAAAAAAUAAGCACUGAAGGUUAUGGAUUUCAGAAGAAGAAAAAUACCUUUGUUUCUAAAUCCGUAGCAGUUACGUAUUUACCAAAUAAUGAACUCUUAAUGGACUUUAAAAAAGGAGUGCUUUAUAUAUAAAUCUAUAUAUUGAAAUUGCUUUACAUUUUAAACAAAAUGAUCAAUGAUUUUGAUUGUUCAAAAGACCGUGAAAGAACAUACGAAUGCUGUAUGUUUUAAUCUUUAUUGUAUUUUCUUAACAUGAGGUCCCUUCCUGUUGAAAUCAGGACCAUUGUGCAUUACUAUUUCUUUCCUCUUUGUCGUUCUGUCUCUUGUGGCGGGUAUUACACACAAUGAAAAUUAAAAAGGGGGUUGGGGGGCAUGGUUUCUGUAUCGAUUUGAAUGAUUUAAACCGAAUUAAAGGCUGGUUUAUACGGAUUAUGAUCUAUGCACAAGGGGGGUGGGGUUCUUAAAGCUUCUGUGACCCAUCUCUCAUUGGGAUCAGAGGAACUAUUUGUCCUUUAAUUGUGCUGACGCUGUCGUUUCCCUCCUCCAUCUUCUUUCCCAUUUUUCGUGUAUCUUACAUACAAGUACAUCGCCAUGCUGUGUAUUCCUAAACCAAUGAGCGUCUCAUUCUGAAGCACUGUGGGGUUUUUAUUGUAGCCCAUGACUUUUAAGGUUGUCUGUGUUCUUAACGUGUGAAUGAGCGUGCGAGUGCGUUACUUGGAUGCGUGUGGGCAGAACUAUCGGGUUGCUUUUGCCUUUUGAUUUUAAAUGUUACGAAAUAUGUCUGUACUGAGAUUUUAAGAAGUCAGUGGCUUUUAAUGUUUUUUCUCUUUCUCUCUAUUUCUCCUCAUAGAAUGUGAUUGUUGAUGACAUGCACCGAAAAAAUGUUUUGAACUAUGGAGCUUCUUUCAAACAAUUAAUAAAUGCAUUUUUGUUCUUGGUUGUAA